AUGGCUCGCAUCCAGAUCCCCAUCGACGCCCUGACGAACCGUCUCGGCCUGCAGGAGCGCUUCAACAGCAUGCGUUCCGGCGGCUUGAGCGGCCGCUUCGCCAACCUGCGUCCUGUCGGCGAGUUCUUCGACAUGAAGCGCCUCUCCAAGCCCGCCAACUUUGGCGAGGUCCAGUCGCGAUGGAACUACAACCUCUCCUACUUCUCCAGCAACUACAGCGUCGUCUUCUUGAUGCUCAGCGUCUACGCUUUGCUGACCAACUGGCUGUUGCUUUUCGACAUCAUCUUUGUUAUUGCGGGCAUGUUCCUCAUUGGCAAGCUCGACGGUCGUGAUCUCGAGAUCGGCUCUUUCAAGGCCACCACAUCCCAACUGUGGACCGGUCUUCUCGUCAUCUCUGUGCCCUUGGGCCUGUACGCCUCGCCUUUCGCGACGCUGCUCUGGCUCGUUGGUGCUUCUGGCGUGGUCAUCCUCGGCCACGCUGCUUUUAUGGACAAGCCUAUCGAUGAGGCUUUUUCCGGGGAGGCGACGGAAAUGGACAAUUCAGAUACACAAGGCGUUGGUUUGGUUUCACGAGGAAAGCGGUUCGCAAGCGACCCGCUCCGCUUUACGGGUACAGACGUGGGUGAACGGACGACGGCAUUGCGUAGAGGAUACGAUUACCAGCAUUCGGACGAUGACGAGGACGACAGCGAAGACGACAGCGAGGACUCGGAAGAGUCCUCUUCGGAAGACGAAGAAGAGGAAGAAGAGAUUGAUUGGGAUCAGCUUUCUCCGAGAGAGCGAGACGAAGCGCUCGCGCAGAGAGCUCUGGCCCGCAUCCGACGUGCACAAGAACGGGGCAAGCUCGAGGUCAACCUUAGCAAAGAAGAGAUGGCCGCCCUAGAACGACGGAGGAAGCGCAUUGAAAAGGAAGCACGCAAGCAGGAGCGUAAGCAGCGGCGCGAAAAGGAGCAGCGGUUUGCCAUUCCGCUAUCGCAAUUCCAGCCAACCUCCUCUCGCAGAAGGUCGCCCACGUUGGCUCUGGAGGACGAUUUGCCCCGCCAUCCGUCGCCUGGAACAUUCGCCAAUGUCCAAGACGGUGGUGCGAUGCCGCCCAUGGGGUAUUUCCCGCCGCCCAACGCUUCGCGCACCCGCCCUAGAUCGGCAACUUCCGCUUCGCAGCGACCGACGUCUCGAAUCAUGGGCGAGAGGGGCUCGUCGCCCUUCAACUAUGCCUAUGUCCAGGGGCCUCCAGGCCAGCGUUUGCCUUCGGAUAACAUGUCGCCUGCUUCUUCGACCUCGUCUCUGCCCAAAUCUCGAAAUGGCGUUGACCCAUUCCAGUUCCAGACGGAAGGUCCCGCCAGUGCCGCUCGACGCAACGUAUCGGGCUCCACCGACGGGCGCCGAACAUCCGUUGCGCCUCCGACGGGUCGAGGCGGCCGGGCUCCGCGCGGGCCGCCACCCGAGGAGAGUAGCAGCGAAGAAAGCAGUGAGGCGAGCAGCGAGGAAAGCACCAGCGACGGCAUCGGAAACGGUGCUCAGAUCGUCGAGCCGCCGCAGCGUCCGCCGUCAUCCGGCCCGACUACGCGGAGAGGUCGUAAGGAAGCCGUUGCCGUGGAGGAGGCUGCCGCCCGUGAACCGGCACGUGAGGUUUCGCGGGGUAAGAAGUCUGCCAACCCGUCGCCGUCCAAGAGGAAGCCUACCGGUGGUCGGCGCAAGAAGAAGUAG